AUGUCCUCAUCCCACCCCUCGAAAGCAGACACAAGCCCUGCGCAGACGCAAUCCACCGCAACCGAGCACGACGCCCAAACACCAUCCAGCCCCUCCACCAACCCCGCAGAGACCACGACCACGACAACCAUCCCCACGAGCACCACAACAUCCUCCACCGCGCAACCCGCGCAACCCGCCAACAACGACGAGGAUGAUUCCGAUUUCGACGAGUUAGACGACGUCCUCGACAACUUCAACAAACCCGCCGCCUCCACGACGACCACGCAGCCGCCUUCCUCCGCCACCGCCACCGCCGCCGCACCCGCCACGGAGGAUGUUGAUCUGGAUGAGGAGGCGUUCCUCAAGCAACUCGAGAAGGACAUGGCUAAUUUGAUGGGCGCGGGCGCGGGCGCGGGUGAUGCCUCGGCGGCCGGGGGGAUGUCCGAGGGGUUUGGGGACGAGGAGUCCCUCGACAAGGACGCGGAGAUGUUCGCCAAGUUGCUCGAGGAGGGUGGGGUGUCAGCGGAGGACUUUUUGAAGCAGUUGGUUGGGGAUAUGAUGAAGGGGGAGGCGGGGGCAACUGAUGCUGCUGCUGCUGCUGCUGCUGCUGCUGCCGCCGCCGCUACGGCUACGGCUACACCGGAGACCUUCAACGAUACGAUCCAGCGGACGAUCGAGCGCAUGAAGGAGUCCGGCGACAAGGCGACGGCCGCGGCCGAGGAGGAAGACGACGGAGACGAUGCGGACGACCUGGUGGCGCAGCUGAUCAAGGCGAUCGAGGCCGGCGCGGGCGGCGACGGCGACGACGCCGACCUGACCAAGAUGUUCCAGGGGAUGAUGGAGCAGCUCUCCAACAAGGAGAUCCUGUACGAGCCGAUGAAGGAGCUCGACACCAAGUUCGGCCCUUGGCUGGCGGAGAACAAGGCCUCCGGCAAGGUGUCCGACGCGGAGCUGCAGCGCUACGAGAAGCAGGCCGGCGUCGUGGCCCAGAUCGUCGCCAAGUUCGAGGAGCAGGCGUACACGGAUGAGGAUCCCAAGUGUCGCGAGUAUGUGUGGGAGAAGAUGCAGGAGAUGCAAGCUUGUGGGAAUCCCCCGGAUGAGCUGAUUCCGGCGCCCAUGAUGGAGGAUCUUAUGGGUGGAGGGGCCGGAGCCGGAGCCGGCGCCCCGGACUGUCCGCAGCAGUAG